CAUCAUCAUUGUUCCAUACUUCUAUGAGUUCAUACCCACUAGAGAGGAAAGGGCGCAUGAAAUUUGGGGGAAGAAAAAAAGAACCCACCUUUCAAACACUGUCUGUGACAUUUGCAGCUACUGCUCGCAGCAUUUCAACUCCAUUGAUGAUCUUGAUUAAGAGAUUCAGAGAAGACCCUCGGCAUAUAUAGCAUUAAAGGCAUAGUCAUAACACCACGGAGUAGAAACAAAAACAAAAAUGGAGUCUUUCUCAGUUUCCAAACUUCCCUUCUUCUUCCUCUUCCUUAGCCUAUUCCUUGUAAUGACUGCACAGUUUAUCUUCUCUGACGUCACCUAUGACAAUAAGACACUUCUUAUUAAUGGACAAAGGAAAAUACUCAUUUCUGGUUCCAUACAUUAUCCAAGAAGUACCCCUGAGAUGUGGGAAGAUCUCAUAAGAAAGGGUAAAGAUGGAGGACUGGAUGUUAUUGACACUUAUGUUUUUUGGAACGGGCAUGAGCCUUCACGUGGCAAAUAUAACUUUGAGGGAAGCUAUGAUCUUGUUCGCUUUGUUAAGACUGUGCAAAGAGCUGGUCUUUAUGUGAUUUUGCGGAUAGGACCUUACGUUUGUGCAGAGUGGAAUUUUGGAGGAUUUCCUGUUUGGUUGAAAUUUGUUCCUGGAAUCAGCUUCAGAACAGAUAAUGGACCUUUCAAGGAACAAAUGCACAUUUUCACCAAGAAAAUUGUUGAAAUGAUGAAGAGUGAAAAACUGUUCCAAUCUCAAGGAGGUCCUAUAAUACUGUCUCAGAUUGAGAAUGAAUAUGGUUCAGAAAGUAAGGCUCUUGGAGCAGCAGGGAAGAAAUAUAUUCAUUGGGCUGCAAAAAUGGCAGUUGGGCUGAACACGGGAGUCCCGUGGGUCAUGUGCAAAGAAGAUGAUGCUCCCGACCCAAUUAUAAAUACAUGCAAUGGCUUCUAUUGUGAUGGCUUUUCUUCCAACAAACCACACAAGCCGAAAAUGUGGACUGAAGCGUGGACUGGCUGGUUCACGGAAUUUGGAGGUCCAUUGGCUAAGCGUCCAGUUCAAGAUCUAGCAUUUGCAGUUGCUCGUUUCGUAGAGCAGGGUGGCUCAUUUGUUAAUUAUUAUAUGUACCAUGGAGGAACCAACUUUGGUCGCACAGCCGGAGGCCCUUUCAUCACAACCAGUUAUGAUUAUGAUGCUCCACUUGAUGAAUAUGGUCUGUUAAGGCAACCUAAAUAUGGGCAUUUAAGUGAGCUUCAUAGGGCAAUUAAACAAUGUCAGGAAGCUUUAGUAUCAUCAGUUCCUAAAGUUAUUAGCCUGGGAACAUCUCAACAGGUAAGUGUUUUCUCAUAUGGGAAAGGGAAAUGCGCAGCUUUUCUUGCAAAUUUAGAUAGCAAAUAUGAAGCCACACUCACUUUUAGAGGGAAGAAGUAUACACUGCCCGCUUGGUCUGUUAGCAUACUGCCUGACUGCCGCAAUGUCAUCUUCAACACUGCAACGGUUGGAACACGAACUUCACGGGUGCAAAUGCAAUCAAGUAACUCAAAGUUACAUUCGUGGGCUACUUAUCACGAAGAUAUAACAGCUCAAGAGGACAGUUCAACAUACACAACUACUCGACUUCUGGAUCAGAUUAGUGUGACCAAGGAUAACAGUGACUAUUUGUGGUACAUAACAAGUGUUGAUAUUAGCCCAUCGGAAUCAUUCUUAAAAAAAGGCUGGAAGCCCACAUUAGUUAUCGAGUCAAGAGGGGAUGGAGUGCUAGUAUUCAUAAACAAAAAGUUUGCAGGAUCUGUUUAUGGUAGCAUGGAGGGAAGGAGAUUCACAUUUACUGGACAAGUUGAUCUUCAAGCUGGGAAAAAUGAGAUUGCUUUACUCAGUUCAGCUAUGGGACUUCCAAAUGUUGGGACUUACUUUGAGACAUGGAACAAGGGAAUCUUGGGGCCAGUUAAUCUCCGGGGACUAAACCAGGGAAAUAAGGAUUUAUCAAACCAAAAAUGGAAAUACCAGGUUGGGUUAAAAGGAGAAUCAAUGAACUUGUUCUCUCCAAAAGGAGUCUCGUCUGUUCACUGGAUUGAAGGACCAUCAGUCACUCAAGGCCAUCAACAUCUGAGCUGGUUCAAGGCAAAUUUUUAUGCGCCAAAUGGAGUCGAGCCCUUGGCUCUUGACAUGAAAGGCAUGGGAAAGGGACAAAUAUGGAUAAAUGGUCAAAGUAUAGGGAGAUAUUGGUUAUGUCACACAAAAGGUGAAUGUGAUGAUCAUUGUUUCUAUAAUGGAACAUACCAUGCCCAAAAAUGCCAGCAUGGCUGUGGCACGCUAACUCAAAGAUGGUAUCAUGUUCCAAGGUCAUGGUUGAAACCAACAGGAAACUUAUUGGUACUAUUUGAAGAAGUAGGAGGAAGACAAGAUGUAUCUAAAAUUUCAUUAGUGAAACGAUCUGCCAUCUGAGCCCGUUUAUUAAAUCCAUCCAAAUGAGGUGCCUAUAUCCAACACAUCAUCGGUUUUGCAGGGUGGUUAGGGGAGAAGAAGAACUGCACAUUCCCCGCAUCAUCACACAUUGACAUAAUACAUACUAUACCGUAUACAUGUAAUUAUUAUGUAUGUGUAUGCAAAUCAUAUGUUACUCUAUCCUCUAUUGAAUACUUGGAGCCAUCUUUGCCAUAGUCAUAUCAGUUGUGCUGAUAAUUUUCAUUUAAUAUCACUCACCUCUUUUUCUUCAUAUCAAUCAAUUUAUGUAUUAUAACAAACAAUAUGUUUAAUUCUGUUACGAUCAUUGUUCCCUUCUG